AGGCCUCCGUGUGUGUGACGUUAAUACGUCACAUGCUCUGAAAUAACAACCAUCAAACGUUUUAAACGCUUGACUAAUGGCAGGAAUAACCCGGUAUUAGUUGCUCUGCGGAUCUGCGGCCGCUUCACCGUCCGUGGGAAAACACGGAAGUGUCGGUGUCAGACCAAGUCCAAUGGCGCUGCGGAUGCUUGGAAGCAGUCUGUCGCAUUUCCAUAGGAACUGUUUGAAGACGGUUCCGAUCCAAACGGUGGCCGUCGUCCGCUUUAAGAGGACAUGUCCCGUUGAAGUGAGUCAUCUGGACCAUUUGGUUCUGACCGUUAAAAAUGUACCAGACACGGUCACGUUUUACACCACAGUGCUUGGUAUGGAGGUCACUACCUUCAAGGGCAACCGUAAGGCUCUGAGCUUCGGCCAGCAGAAGUUUAACCUCCACCAGCUCGGACAGGAGUUCGAGCCCAAAGCCAAGCGUCCAACCUCAGGCUCUGCAGACUUGUGCCUCAUAACCACAACUCCUCUGGCCACAGUGGCUGCACAUCUGAAGGUUUGUGGAGUCGAGGUAGAGGAGGGUCCGGUGGAGCGCACCGGGGCUGUGGGGACUAUCACGUCUUUGUAUUUUAGAGAUCCAGACCACAAUCUGAUCGAAGUGUCAAACUACAAUCAACCAGAUUCAGAGGCUUCAUCCUCUGAAUCUGGUUGAGGGGUCUCUUUUGGCCUUUACUAUAAACACCUCUCUCUGUCCAUCCAAGUUGUUUAGACUGUGUUGUCAUCGUCUUUAUGUUGUUGCCGAACUGAGGCAACACAAUUAGAGCCCGCUAUAAUCUUUCACUGGGUUAUUUACUUUACAUACAUCUAACGCACUGUAUAAAUAAAUUAAUUAAAGGAAAUAAAACAAAAAA